AUGGCUGUCGAGCUCCCAUCCGGUCCCUUUCCCACGCCACGACCUCGCCGGGGGCUAUAUCUAUGGUGCCGGCUCCGGCUCCCGGUGACCAUGGCGCUGUUGGUGGCGGUGCUGGCAGCACUGGUGACCGUGGGCACCGGGCAGUGCCCGUCCCCGUCCGAGCUGCGCAGAGCCGACGGCAGCCGCAUCUGUGCCCUGCUCUAUACCGACGACAGCGUCUACUAUAGCAACUGCUGCGGUGGUAGAGCCCUGGCGGUGGAGCCUGGCUCCGAUGUGCCAUACAUGGCACUGGGGUUCUCCGGCCGCAUCUCCUCGCUGGUGGUGGGCACCAGAUGUGAGCUGAGUGUGUGGGCACACAGCGGCAAGAGGGGCAGCACCAGAGUGUUCAAGGCCGGAGCGGUGCCGCGGCUGCGGGAGGUCAGGAGGGGGGUGCUCAGCAACUGGGAUGAUGCCAUCAGGUCCUACUACUGCCAGUGCCAUUGA